AACUACAGCUAGUCUGCGGGAUCUCCAGUACUUCUCAGAAAUCGCUCCAUACUAUAGAAUGUUGAAGGCUGCUGCAGCGAUCAACAGGCGUGUUCGGUAUUCGGCCUCGGCUUUCCGUGCAGCACCGCCCCCAUGACAUCUUACCCCAGACGAACCUCAGGCAUCGCACUCCGCCCACCUCAUCCCCACCAUCUUCCAUCAUGUUCGCUCGCACACCUCUAAGAGUCCGCGCCGCGGCCAGAACCAUCGCAGCGCAAGGCGCACGCACCUAUACUUCCCGCGCUGCCGAGAUGCCUGCUCGAACCGCACCCAUCCGCACCCUCCUCCGCACCUCAAUCCCGCGUGCAUCCACAACAGCUGCCCAGCGCGCCUCUCCCUACCUCACAUCGCAAAUCCAUACACAACAUCAAUCGCAACUGCGCUCGCGCACGCCAUCCCCGGCACCACGCUACGAAGUCCGGAACCACUCGAUUCUCGCCGCACCAAACCAAUGGACGCGCUUCAGCACACCUACCUCCCUCUCUUCAGUGCGCACAUUCACAUCUACCCCAAAAAUUGCUUGGCCAGCCGAGUCUUCCCCUGACGUCUCGCCUGAGCACCAUAAGGCCAUUGAGGAUCACAUCGAGACGAUCACAGACAUGUUCGGCACCGCGAAAGAUGAGUUCGAAAUUGCGUCCGAGGAAACGGACAAGAAUACCACGUAUGCGCAAGAUGACCGCGAUGCAGCGCGCGAGGAGUUGGACAAGCUGCUAGAAUACUAUGGUAGGGUCGUGAGCGAGGCGGAGGAGGUAAUUGGGCAGGAAGUGAAAAGGAGGGUGGGGCACCGCAUUAGAGAGCUGAAAGCGGGCGUGGAAGCGUUAGAGGAGAGGGCAAUGGAGCAUGAUUAGGCGUUGACGUUCAUAUCGUUUGGGUGCAGAGCUCUUACGUAGAGCGUUGCGAAGACGAGUCCAGGGCAUGGCAGGCGUUCUAGAGUGCUUUGCAAGACCUCGACUCUUUCGUAUGGAGGCUGAGCGUAUUGCUCAUGUGUAUCGGUAUAACACUUGUAAUCAUACGGCUGAGUGCUUACGCGUUUAUAUUUUUCUGGCAGGAACAGUAGCAUAAAUACCAGGGAGGGCACAUGUCAUAGUCUGA